GUCAUGAAUGCGCAGCAUCAACGCAGUUUUCUGUCAAGUUUUGUAGUACAUGAUGGUAUUAGAAGUUGCAAUCCAUUUCAACAUAGGUCUCUUAUUGUUCACAUUGUGUACAUUCCGUGGAUGAGAUUCAAAUAAAAGCGGACAAAAUCCAGUUCUGAUCGUCCAGACCGCAUGUGAUCCUCCAGGGCGCUGUUUGAUCACGAGUGCUUGUAAAACAUUGCAUUUCCUCGCACUGUCUGCCAGUGAAAAAUGCCACCCAAGAAAAGAACACGAAGCAGCGCCAAAUCGAAUAAACACUCUGAUGCAGACGCCCACCCCAUUGAGGAGUCUGAUGAUGUUGCACAGCUCAAAACUAGCAAAGGAAAAAGGUCAGUAGCUGUAAAAGGUGAUGUGGAGAAAAAGAAAAACGAUGAUGCCUGCAAACCAUCUUACAGCCACUGGCUGAUGAAGUCUGAACCUGAGAGCCGGAUUGAAAAUGGAGUGGAUGUGAAGUUUGGAAUUGAAGACCUAAAAGCUCUUCCCAAUCAGACGGGAUGCUGGGAUGGAGUGAGGAAUUAUCAGGCCCGAAAUUUCAUGAGAGAAAUGAAAGUUGGCCAGCAGGCCUUCUUUUACCACAGUAACUGCAAAGAGCCAGGCAUCGCUGGCCUCAUGAAGAUCGUUAAAGAGGCUUAUGUGGACCAUACACAGUUUGACAAGAAAGAUGUACAUUAUGACCCCUCCAGCAAAGCAGACAACCCUAAAUGGCAUAUGGUGGAUGUUCAAUUUGAACGGAUGGCCAAACGCUUUAUUCCUCUGGCUGAGCUGAAGAAAUAUCACCUGCAGCACAGAGUGAAGGGCGGCCCACUCAAAGACAUGGCCCUCUUCACCAGAGCCAGACUGUCUGUUCAGCCACUCACUGCAGAAGAGUUUGAGUUUGUCCUGAGUUUGGAGAAUGAAGAUCCAAUAUGAAAAUGAUCAUGAAAGUCCCAUUCUCUAAUGAUUAUUUCCCAUUUUCUAAUUUAUAGUCAGUUAUUUUGUAACCAAUGUACAUGCUGCUAUUCAAGUAGCUAAUGAGUAUUGUACAUUUUAAAUACUAUUGUUAAUAAAAUAUGUUAGAAGAACACUCAAUAUUACCAUAAUUCUCCACAAACGUAUGUUAUCGUAUAACUUUUUGUAAAAAAAAAA